GUCAGAGGUGUUUAAUUUAUUUGACAAACGGCCCGUACAAAACACACUAACUUAGGCUCGCUAGCUCGAUUAAGUUUCGUUAAUUUAAAAUUCCCAAAUCCUAGAUAAUCUAUCUACAUAUUAUGCUCUUGAAAUAACAAACAAGUAAACAAAUAACUUUUAUUUUAUUCGCUCUUCCAACGGUUGAUUGAUCGACGUAUCUUUAAGCUACUUUGAAAGAGAAAGCCCCUUUUUUUGCUUUGAUAUUUCUUUUUAUGUAGGUAAUUUCAAACUUUGCUAAAAGUUCAGUGUGCCUUUGGGCAUUGUCAGUGUAGCAAGUGGAAAAUAUUGGUGAUUAUAAGAAUGUACAACAAUCUUUGUAGAUUUACCCUUCUUUUGGGUUUUCUAUCGACUCUUGUUUUGGGAGCAACGAUAGUUAAAAAAGAUCCAAACAAAGAACCAUGGGGUCUUAUGGAAGCUAUGAGUGCUACAAAAAUGUUAAGGGGAUUCAAUGGAACUUGGAUAACAGAUAACGAGCUCUAUUACACAGCGGCUGAUAGAUCAAUUCACACCUAUAAUGCUGCAAAUCAAACCGACCAGGUUUUUGCCCAUGAUGAUUUUUUUCAAAAAUAUUUAGAUGGAACAUUUACGCUAUCACCGGAAAACGAUAAAAUUCUCGUUCGUUUCGAAUUGGAACAAGUAUUUCGUCAUUCGUACAUUGCCAAAUAUGAUGUUUACGACACUGAAACUAAAAUAAUAAGUCACGUCCAUGAAGGCAAAAAACUUCAACAUUGCGUUUGGUCACCGAAGAAAGCACGUUUAUCAUUCGUUUACGAAAACAACGUUUAUGUUCGAUUUGAAAAUGAUGUCGAGGCUCAAAUUACCACCGAAGGUAUUACAGGUGAAAUAUACAAUGGUGUACCGGAUUGGGUGUAUGAAGAAGAAGUCCUUAGCAGUGCUAGUGCCAUGUGGUGGUCACCCGAUGGAAAUAUGUUAGCUAUUGGUUUCUUCAAUGAUACCGAAGUCCAGACUUUCAAAUAUACCCUUUAUGGUGAUAAUCAGUAUCCUCAGGAAAUGGAUUUGAAGUAUCCCAAGGCGGGAACACCAAAUCCUGUUGUGGCUGUUAAGGUAUUUGAUUUUUCAAAUUCCAAAUUCGAUGCACCUAGCAUUAUUGAGGCUCCAACAAAGAUUGUGAGCAAAGAUCAUAUUUUACAAAAUGUUGAAUGGAGUGGCAACAAUGAGACUUUAAUAACUUGGUUGAACCGAAGACAGAAUGUUGCUUCAAUUCAAUUGUGCUCAACUCAGGGAAAGUGCAAGGAGAUUACUCGCAUAGAAGAGCCCAAAGGAUGGAUUUCCAUUGGAAAACCUCUUUGCUUGAAAAAUGGACGCAAUUGCUUAUUCACCUACUGGAUCGGUAAUUGGUAUCAAAUUUGGAAUCUAGAUUUGGAAACAGGCAAAAACAUUUGGGAAUCACGAGGAGACUUCACCGUAACAGCUCUGUAUGGAUAUGAUGAAGUCAAUAAAAAUAUAUAUUACCAAGCCACUUUACCAGGUGAUCCAUCUCAACAUCAUGUCUUCCGUGAUGACAAGUGUCUUUCUUGUGAAAUAAUUGAUGAAGAUGGAGAUAAAUGCCGACAAGCUUCGGCAUCAUUCAGCAAAGGAUACACUUAUUACGCUUUGGUAUGCAGCGGUCCUAAUCCUGCUUAUGCGAACUUAUACGACACAAAGACCAAUACAAAAAUCAUAACCUGGCAAGACAACAGCGAAUUCCGAAAAAUGUUAGAAGGUAAACUUCGCCCUCAGGUCAAAUUCCUAAAUGUUACUCUUGGCGAUGGAUUCACUGGCUAUGCUAAGCUCUAUUUGCCUCCAGGUCUUAACUGGGAUAGACCAAUUUUAAACAAGAAACAUCCUAUGAUUGUUAAUGUCUAUGGUGGCCCUAACUCAGUUAGGGUAACAAAUUCAUUUACAGUAGGUCUUGAAGGAUAUAUGACUACAAACAAAGAUGUUGUUUAUGCUAUUAUUGAUGGACGUGGAACGGGUAAUAAGGGCAAAGAUCUGCUUUUCAGUGUUAAUAAUAAUUUGGGUGAACAUGAAGUCGAAGAUCAAAUAGCUGUUGCUGAAUAUCUUCAGAAGAAUUUGAAAUUUGUUAGCAAUAAUAGAACAGCUAUGUGGGGCUGGAGUUAUGGUGGAUAUAUGACAGCAAAAACAAUUGAAGCUGAUGAUAAUAAUGUAUUUCAGUGUGGAAUAUCAGUGGCACCAGUGACUUCAUGGAUAUACUAUGAUACCAUUUACACUGAGCGAUUUAUGGGCCUACCCACAGAAAAUGACAACUUGCGAAACUAUAAGUUAAGCGAUGCUUUUGAACAUUUGGACAAUUUCAGGACUCAUGAAUUCUUGCUGAUUCAUGGCUCUGGUGAUGACAAUGUUCAUUACCAGCAAGGUUUGAUGUUAGCUAAAGUUUUGCAACAUAAUGACAUUCUCUUUAGCCAGAUGACAUAUCCUGAUGAAGAUCAUUCAAUUGGAAAUUAUUCACCUCAUUUGUAUCACACUAUUGAUACAUUCUUCACAAAUUGUCUUGACCUCAAAGGAUAAACCAAUAAAAUGUGUUCAAACUCUCUCUCUCUCUC